UUUCACAUUAAAGAAAUGUGAGCCCCAUACUCCAAGAUAAAAUGCCACCCCCUUCUCCCCCCUCCUUCUCCCAAUCUACUCUUCUACUUUCCUAGAUGGAAACCACUCCUCAAUGCACCAACCCAACUCAUUCUGAUUCCUUUGAUGAUUCUGAAAAUGGAACCCUUUUGCCAGGCCUCCCUGACGAUCUUGCUCAACGCUGUCUCUCCUCUCUUUCUCCUUCCCUUCUUUUCUCCGUUUGCCAUCCAUGGCGUCGCCUCCUUUACUUUCCUUCUUUCCCUCCCUUCUUCUCCCUCUAUGUCCUUUUUUCUCCUUUGCACGGUCCCACUACCACAAACCCUGUCCCUGGAGGAAUUGAUCCUCAAAACUCUAUCGAAUUCUUCUCCUUCGAUCCAAUCUCAUCAUCUUGGACUCCCCUUCCCACUCCUCCCCAAAACCCUCCUCUUCAUCUCCUCCAUCGCCACCCUUCUUUUCUGUCCCGAAACCUUCCAAUUCAAUCUUUGACGGUCUCCAACCAUUUAGUCCUCAUAGCUGCCACCACUCACAAGCUUUUCCCUGCACUUUCCAGCCCUUUGGUGUUCCACCCGGAGUCUAACAGCUGGUUUUAUGGCCCCCAGAUCUCCACCCCGCGCCGAUGGUGUGUUACAGGCUCAGCCCAAGGUGCGGUCUAUAUGGCAAGCGGUGUUGGCUCCCAUUACCAAGGAGAUAUAGCAAGGUCAAUGGAAAGGUGGGACCUAAACAAGAAGAGAGAAAGUUGGGGUUGGGAAAACAAGGCACCGCUUAAAGAUGGAAGAUUUAGUCGAGAAGAAGUGGAAGCAGUUGGAUAUAGAGGGAAACUUUGCAUGGUUAAUGUGAAAGGCAAUGCAGUAAAGGAAGGUGCAGUUUACGAUGUGGAACUGGAUAAGUGGGAAGAGAUGCCUCCAGGGAUGGUUGCUGGUUGGAAUGGGCCGGCGGCAACUAUGGAUGAAGAUGUGAUUUAUGUGAUCGAUGAAGUGAAAGGAAGGUUAAGCAAAUACGAUGGUGAAAAAGAUUGUUGGGAGAAAGUGAUUGAGUUGGAACAGCUUAAACGUGCAGAGCAGAUAACAGCUGGGAGAGGGAAAAUAUGUGCAAUUUCAGCAAAAGGGGAAAAGAUUAUAGUGGUGGAUGUAAGGGACAAGCCUGCCAGGUUUUGGGAGGUGGCGCCACCACCUGGGAUGGAAGUGGUGGCGGUGCAUGUCUUGCCUAGGAUGAUUAGUAGACAACACUAGUUAAUGUCUCAAAUCAAGUGCCACACUUUUGUUUCUUUUUUGUAUUUUGUUUCUUUUUUGUAUUUUGUUUCCUUCUCUAUUUUAUUCUCGUUAUAAAAAUAAAUAAUACUAUUGAGUUCAAAAA